GACAAGUCGAACUCAGAAAUGAAGUUUCAUCUCCUCAUCCUCCUGGCUACUCUACAAGGUGCUGGUGCUUCCAAAGUGUGGUUGAUCGCAAGUAACAUGAUAAACAGCUAUGAAGGAGGACCAGUCAGUGUCCAGUGUCACUAUGAUCGGUACUUAGACACUAAUGUGAAAUAUUGGUGCAGAGGGUAUGUGUGGGGAUCAUGUGAAGUUAUUCAAAGAUCCAAUAGGAACCAGAGGGAUGAAGAUAAAGUAUCAAUCAGUGAUAAUCGAACGCAGGGAAUAUUCACUGUGACUGUGAGGAGACUGGAGAAGAAGGAUGCAGACUGGUACUGGUGCGGUAUUGAGAGAGUAGGGAUUGAUGAAGGAAUCCUGCUGAACCUUAGAGUUGAUGACGCCUCCCUGUGAUAGUGUUACAUACACCUCCGUGGCAUUUCAGAGGAAGGAUCAAAGCCAAGGAGCUCCUGGAACACUGGUCAACGAAGAGUCGAGCAAUCCCGCCACCCCUGUGUAUGCAGCUAUUCGAAAACCCCAACUCCCAUGAAACCAGAUCCAUGCUGUGCCUUCCCAGCUCAUUGCUGCAGCUUAUCUAAAGCCUUACUGCCGGCAAAGAGAGAAAGAAUAACCUAGCUAAGCAUUCCUUGUUUACUGUGUUUGAAUUGAAUAGUUAUGUUUUGUUAGCUUUGUCUAUUUUCUCUUGGGAUGUACUGUUGUAAUAAAAAAAAAAGUGUGUUCUAGAAAGUUCUAGAAAUGUGUUCGAGUUCAUCUUUGCCCUUGCCCUAU